UUAACUUUAUCUUUUUGGUAGUAAUUUUUAUGUUUGUAUUCUUGUCACGCCGUUUUUUAGUUAGGAUGUUUUCCAAGUUGUCAGUCGAUGCAUAGUAUUGAUAUUUACCGUCAAGUACUCGCCUCGGUGAUUCAAUGGUUAGAAGACCAGCAUUUCUUUGGAAGUAAUUAAAGCGAUAUCAAGACUCUGUUUUACGUAGUGAUUAACUCGAACUCUGGUUUUCUUUGCUUUGAUUAUUUUUACAAACUUCUGCUUGGCGUAUUUAUUCAACGUGUACAAUUCAAUGACAAGAGCUGGCUUUCACGUAAUUUUACUGAACGCCAAUAUCGCCAUAUCACUUUUUGCUGUUGUUUGUUUUAUUCGUAUGGUUAGCCAGUUCAAUUGCAUAUUUGAUUUCAAUUGCUGAUAGAAUUAAUUUGAUGCUCGGUAUAUUAACUUUGUUGUUAGCGUAAACGAACUUUAACAAAAAUGGAAGAGGUAGUUAGUGAGAUACAGAUUCAAUUAACUGCCGUUCAGGCUGCUUUAGAGGGCAAUACUCAGUCAGGUCUUUUCCAGCUUCGCUCAUUUAAUGGUUUACCAAACGAAGAUAUUAACGAAUGGCUCUCUCGUUUCGAAACACUCGCAAAAUUUCAUAAUUGGUCACAAGCUAAAAGAUUAAAUGCCUUGCCACUCUCUUUAGGGGAACCCGCAAAAGCUUGGUACGAUACCAUGCCCCCCGAAACUGUUGGUGAUUUCAGAACUCUUACCCAGGGACUAAAAGAACGCUUUGGUUCAAAGUCGCUAGAGUUUCUUUUUCGUCAAGAACUGUUUCAAGAAAACAAGGUCCUAGCGAGCCAUUGUCUUUAUACACGGAAGACGUUAUUAGGAAAAGUUAGCGGCUCGGACUGUCAGACACAUGUGAUCUUGAGCCAGCCAAAAUCAUUUGCUGAGGCGGAAAACCUUGCCCGAUUGAGACAAGCAGUCUCUAAAACGUCAAGUUACCCGUUUUCAGGAACACAAUCGGUUCUGCAGGAACAAAGGCUAAAAGAGUUAGAAAACAAUGUAAAUCUUUUGGUUUCUCUUGCCGCCCAGAAAAAAGGUCAAAUUCAGGCUCCUAGGCCAAAUUUUGGUAGUAUUUCCUCGGGCUUUCAUCCAAACCCUCCGUCUAAUACUGGUUCAAGUGCAUUAAAUAUGAAGGUAGAAAUCAUUGCUGCCAUCAACACGGGUUUUCAAAACAUCCAGCACCCUCUAAAAGGGAAAAACCAACAUUUCCAAAAGGGGGGAGCUCGAGCAGCCAAGUUGGGUUCCUGCUAACCAGUCAAAUGCCAUCUACGCUCCUCCGCAACGCAGACAGCAAUACACCAAUUCGACUUACGGCCUCAUUUUGAAAAAUUCUUCGAAUUCUUUUGUACAAAAUUUUUGACCUCAGAUUCGGAUUGACAGCAAUGAUUUUAGUCUACUUGUAAGUUUUCAUUAUGAUAUUGCUCACGAUAUUGAUAUUAUGACGACAUAAAGAUGAAAAUUUUCUAAGGGAUUUGACCGUGAUUGGCAACUAGGGGGGUAAAGUUUCCCCCCUAAACGAUUUUUGCGGUCAAAUCCCUUACAGGUUUUCAAACUUCAUUUCUCCGUAAAAUGUAAAAUACAAGUUAAAACAAUAUGAAAAAUGGUAUCCCGCCUAAAAUUAUGACGAUAAAACCAAAUCUGAGCUUAAAAAAGUCGUAUAAUCAAGUUUGGAGAAAUUUCCAAAACGAGGUCGUAAGUCGAAUUGGUGUAUUUGGGUAUCACAACAGGGCGUCCUAUCAAGGGGAUCAAAAUUUAAACGGACAAAGGCCUUCACAGUGGGGGAACUGAAGGCCGGAGUCGUGUACGCAUACCCUUAUGACCCCGGACCACAAACUAAGUCUGGAAUACAAAGUUUCUCUUCAAAAACUAUUGAUUCCAAUGAUUCUGUGCAGCCAAAAAUGACACAUUAUUUGCCAAAACAUGAAAGUCGUAAGGACAGUUUCGCAGAAAAUCACACUCUAGAGUCCAAAACGGUAGAGAACAUCGUUCCAGCUAUUGCUACAGAUGAAAAACUUUUUAUUUCAAGCCCAGAAAAUGUUCUGAUAUGGGGAAUUGUUUUGAAGCAGCCAUUUAAAUUGCUGGUGGACACGGGUGCUGCCGUUACAGUCAUCAGUGAAGAUUUUUAUAGAACAGUUUUGAGCCCAUAUUUUGCUAUUAAACAAAAUAACAGUUUGGAAAGUGUAAAAACUGCAAACGGCUGUAGUGUUCCCGUAAAAGAGUUAGUGUCGUUUCCUAUAAUGAUUGGCCAGUCAGAAUAUUCGUGCGCUGCCUCAAUUGUUUCCGGUUUAUCGUAUAAUAUUGUUCUUGGACGCGACUUUUUACAUCAAUUUAGCGCAGUUAUUGAUGUGCGUGGACAUUCGGUCAUUUUUUCUGGCGAUAAUAAAGUUUUUUUUGCUGAAGGAAAUACACAACCUUUUCAGACUGAUAUUCGAGCUGCUCAUACGUUUGUCAUAGAUGCUCACAGUGAAGCUGUUAUUCCUGCCUAUUUUCACCGGCGCCCAUCUUCUCCUGUUGUUGGUCUUUUAGAGCCAGUUCGC